AUGACUAUAGAUCGAACCUAUCCAAUUUUUACAGUACGAUGGUUGGCUGUUCAUGGCCUGGCUGUACCUACCGUCUUUUUUUUGGGGUCAAUAUCAGCAAUGCAGUUCAUCCAACGAUAA